ACAACACUCAAACACAACACAACACUCAAGAUAUAAACAUUUGAAACAACACUCAAACGCCAAACAAAUGCCUAGAGGCCCUAAAGAGGCUAAUUUAACUGCAGUAAAGCAGCAUCUCCUGUGAUGUUUGCAUGAAAAAAAGCUGAAUUUCUCGAUGGAGUUUGGUGGCUCUUAAGAAAAUCUCAAAAAUUCAUCUCCCUGUUUGAAAAAGUAUUUUUCUGUAACGUAGUCCAAGACUUCCGUCACUGGCAGGACAUGCACUUCAAGUCUGCCAUUGUUUCACAUCCCUGUUGAAUAAAUGAUUUUUUUACUGCAUCAGGGUGCCUGGGACUUUCAGUUUAGACUGUCAUCUCUUCACAAUGUUAUCAGCACAGUUAUUUAUUUAUUAGGCCUUUAUUUUGACGGGGUGCAGUUGCCCUGAAAGAUUAAGUUACACUCUUCACAGUUUGUUCUGCAGCUGCAGGUUAAAAAACAUGAAUAAAGCUUUUCCCAAGCUUUGCACAUGUUAUUUAUUUAGCUUUUAGAGAGAGCUCAAAGAAAGACUGGAUUAACCCUUUAAAGACUGAACGUUCAGACGACCUUCAUAUGUAACACAUCGUCUUUCCGUCUGUAAAAACUGGAGGCAGGAAAAUGAGAGCGAGUCUGAACUCAUCUUCUGUACACACGCACACAAGCUAAGCAAACACACCGCUGAUCCUGACGUGUGUGUAUCCAGGUGAGGAUAAGUUGUGUGUGUGCGCAAGCUGUGGCUUGUAUCAGAACACUCCCUCAGUGCAUCGCCACGCUGCACAUUCUUUACAGAGACACACGAAUCAGACGCUGCGCAAACAGACCUCCGAAAUGGCAGAAAAAGAGGGUGCAGCUGUUGGUAAUGGGAGGUCACCAGCAGCUCAGUCAGCACAGAGCGGUCUUGCGGCGCCCUCUGCAGACUCGUACGGCGUACUGCAGGACCGAUUCAGCUUCACUUCUCUGGAUUCAAACAGCGACAGAACCGUUCAGCCUUUCCCUCGUUCUCCUAAACUGAAGAAGAAGAUGGCCAACGCUGGACUGCCCACUCAGGAGCAGCUGAGCAGACGUUUGGACGAGCUGCAGACGGAGAGAUCCAAAACUGCAGCUCACAUCCAGUCUCUGAAGAAACGCAGGGCGGACCUCUCUAGGAGCACAGAGGUGAUGAAGCAGCAGGUCAGAGAGCGCUUCGAGAGCAUGCGUUCUGUCCUCAGUCAGGACGAGCAGACCGUCCUCUACUCUCUGGAGCUGGACCUGAGACAGACCAGGACCAGACUGGACCAAGUCCUGAAGAACUGGGAGCGGCAUCAGGACCAGGUCUCUAAGAACAUCAGCAGCACCCAGCGAGUGCUAAGUGAGAGCGCGGGGCCGGAGGAGGACGAGGAGAAGGGUCAGAACGAGACUCUGAGUCCGAAGAAGCCGGACGCCUCGGAGAAAGAAAUCCGACUGAAUGAGGAGAGAUUUGAAAAGCUUCUCAAGACGUUAUCGUCGAUCUCCAAACAGCUGAGAGCUCAGCUGCAGAGGAAGACUCUACUGUUAGAUUCAUCUCCCAUGGCGAUCGACCGGCAGACCUGCCACAGCAAGAUCGCUAUGACCUCAGAUGGGCAUGGCUUGUCUUUCUCAGGCUCCGCCCCUGCCGCUCCAGAGCACCCCCUGCAGUUUGAUAAGGUGUGCUGCGCCCUGAGUGGGACUCCUCUUGCAGCUCCUCAGAGUUACUGGGAAGUCGACGUCCGCUGCAGCUCGGCCUGGGCUGUGGGCGUGGCCUACACCCGCUUGGAGAGGAAGGGGCGGGACAAGGGAGCUAAACUCGGCCGGAACAGGAACUCGUGGUGCGUGGAGCUCCGUGGCGGCAACCUGUCCGCCUGGCACAACGACCGGCAUGUGACGUGUCAGGGCGUCGGGCAGGCGGCGUUGGGAAAGGUGGGCGUGUGGGUGAAUUACGAGAAAGGCCAGCUGGUGUUUUACGACGCAGACAACAUGGCGGUCCUGCAGAGGUUCUCGGCAGCCGUGACGCCCGUGUUCGACAGAGCUCAUCAUCAGUUCACCGAGCCUCUGCACGCCGCAGUACGCUUCCUCAAACCACCGGAGACCCAGACCUGGCCCAACCACCUGGAGCUCUGUCACCUCAACAACCCCUGACCCUGCGGGACACCGCGAGGUGGACUCUGAAGGUCCCUCUAACCAGGAUGUGUUCAAUCUUAUCUGUCCAUUUACACCCUAACAUCAGCUUUGCCAAGAAUGCUUCAAGCCUAAAAAUAAUCAAAAUGAACCAACCUGAAGUCGAUGUCCAGCAGCAGACUCUUCAUCGGCUCGUUUUUGGGCUCCAGGUUUCUCUGCUUGAUCAGCUCAUGAAGUCUGAAACAAUCACCAACAAUCAUUUAUUAUUAGAAUUUAAUAAAAAUGUUUAAAAACUUA